AUGGGUGACUCAGGUGGUCGAGGACGCAGUCCAAACCUAGAGCACCAUGUGGGUGGUCUUAAAGGUCGAGGACACAGUUCAGACUAUGGGGAUUCAUCCAAUGGCAUUGAGGUCAACAGGGUUGUACGUGCUCCGUGGGCUGCAGCCUAUGAUGGGAAAUUUGUGUUCGAACGCUACGAGGAUGAGCUACCAAGUGAUCAUGAAGAGAGCAGUCCUCGUAUAGCAGUGUUUGAGCACAAUCCAGAUCAUGAUUCUGAUGAAAGAGGUGACCAGAUCUAUGAUCCUGAGGUAUAUGCGCAAUCAGUUCUUGACCAGGGUUUGAAGGUUGACGAGUCAGUGGUGGAAUACUUGUUCGAGUUGUUGCCGGACCAGAGAAUCUCCAGAAAAACAGAUGAGUGUGCACAUGCAGGGUCGCCACCGAGGGCAUGGGCGUCUGGAGUGUAUCGUCAUGGGGGAGUACUGGGAGUUAGAAACUCGACAAAGGACUAUCCGCUGGCCACCAAGGUGGUGAACUUGUUCAUCCAGGAGAAGCUCGGUGAAAACGCUUGCUGGUCUACGUUCUCAAUGCAUCGGAACCUGAAUGUGAAGAAGCAUCGUGACUCACACAACGCCAGAGACAAGGCCUCUUACUUGAUCCCCAUCAGCGACUUCAAGGAUGGCGGUUUGUGGGUUCAGCUCAAGACCGGUGAAGAAGUCAAAGAGGAGGACGUCGUGAUCCUGGAUGGAGAUAGAGGACUUGUGAAGAGUUUUCAGUCCGAGGAGGGGAAUAGACAGGUGGUCACGUUUGAUCCUAGAAGAUGGCAUGCCACAAGACAAUGGAGUGGAAACCGUCUAGUUCUCGCAGUCUACAAUGUGAGGGGUCUCGAGAAGAUCAACAGCUUUGACAAGGAGAUCGUCGAGCGGUUGGGCUUUCAGCUAUGUCAAGAUCCAAGUAUUGUUGGGGCACCAAAGAUACGCAAACUCCUAGGAAAUGAGGGAGGCGAAGUACAAGAACCUCAACAUGUGGAUGUUGAACUGGAACCUCGAGAAGCCGUCCUGCACAUUAGAAUGACUAUACAGGAGUGGAAUGUUACCAGUGCCAGACAUGGACCUGACCACUACAUUGAGGAGAGGAGCUCCACCUUGGAGCUAUGCGAGGUGUGCAAGGUCCACAACGCGGUAAGGGAUGUCGCGGAGGUGAUCGUUUUUUGGAUCCAUCGGAGAAUUGCACUUCGUCCAGUUGAAUCAGAUGAACCUCGCGCGGAUGGUAAAGAUCCACCGGUGCCAGAAAUGGAUUUUCGUGGUGGAAUUCCAAGACUAGCGAUGAUGUGUGUCCGAGAUGUAAACGACUUGAUGAAGUUCGUGGAAGUCGCGGAGGGCGAAACAUCUGAGGAAGAGGAUGUGCGGUUGAUGAAGGCAGCUCCAGAGAACAUCUACACCCCGAACAUCGAAGACAUUGUCAGCAAGGUUAGCCCUGAGAACCCAUUGAAGGUGACCCACACUGUCGAUCCUCGAGAAGUUCUACCAGUCGUGGAUGUUUGGGUUCCCGCGAUGGAAGCAGAGCUUGCAGCCUUAGACAAGAUGGCCGCGAUAAAAAGGUGCAAGGGUCCAGAAGCACAUCGCAUGAGAAAGGAUCCAAACGUGGUCAUUGUUCCAAGCAAACUUGUAUUUACAGUCAAACCAGGACUGGAGCCCGGCAAGAUCCGAAGAAAGGUUAGAUGCGUGGCCUGUGGAAACUUCUCUGGGGAGUCCGCAGAGGAACUGGGAGAUGUGUAUUCAGCAGGGGCAACGAUCGACCUGGUGAGGAUUUGCUUGGCAGAAAAGAAUGCUCAUAAAG